UCUCCCGAACGCCUUUUCUUUUUCACUCGCCCGCCACACUGUCUCCUUCACCUCAUCCAUUCCCCACACUCCCACAGAUCAGGAGCAAAAUCCCGGCGGAGGCAGCGGCGAUUCCGGCGUGCGCUGCGGAGGAGAGUGGAGGUGGAGGCCCGGCGACGAGCUGCCUGGGAUAGCGGCAUGGACGCGUCCGCGCGGGGGAGAAGCGAUGGAGUCCUCCCCGACGGCGUCUUCUCGUCAGCGAAGAGUGAAUCUCCCUCCAUGGGAUCUCGCGGGCUCACCUCAAGCUCGAGCUCGACUCUGGCCACGCGCGCCGCGCCCACUAUGGCCAGUUCCGGCGCCCCCCGCAGCCCACUUGCCCCAUCGUUCCCCACCUCCGUCCGUCGACAGGGGAGCUCCAGAUUUUUGCGGGAGGAGGCCAUGGACGCUGGUGGCCAGCAACCUUUGCCACGCCCCCGUCCCCGUCUCCAACUCCCCGAGGAUCCUCCUGAAGGUCGGCAGCGGCGGUGACGACGACGAGGGAGCCGAGCACGCGACGGCUGACUCGAGCGCGUGGAGGCGCACUGCGCGCGCGGUCUCGCAUCAUCUUCUGUGCAAGCAGGUCGCUGCGCCACCAGGGAGCUCGAGACGGCCGUGCCGUGCACCCAAUCCACCGAGUGCCGCCUCCUCCACCAUGACGCCGUCUUCGCCCGCCUCCUCCACUAGACGCCAAGGGCACAAUAGAAUGCGGACGGGGGAGAUAGAGCUGCUCCUCAAGUCUGGGCCGCGUCGACGGGAGGUCGCCUUCAACAUGGUCGACUGCGAUUUCAAGGUCUUUGAGGGAAAAUGGUCUGUCCAGGAGCAUGGCAAAUCUCUUUUGCACGGGACCAUGGCAAAUUAAGUCUAUGCAUCAUGGAAAUCUUAGUGUAUGGGUCAUGGCAUUUUGUAGUUUACAUUUUAGUCUAUGGAUCAUGGCAUGAGAUUAUAGCCUAUGCAUUUCUGUCAUAAGAUCAUGGCAACAUUCCGUAGGUUUUUUCAUUUAUUUUUUAAUACGCAAUUUUUUGCCAUGUACAAUGGGAAAUUUACAAGUACUUUAUUUUUAAAAAUUAACAUCCCCCC